ACUCAACUCAUUCUCUCCCAAACUCUCUCUCUCUCUCUUCUUUCUCUCUCUACUCUUUCACUCACUUCGCCGGCGACGGUAUCAAAACCCUCGCCGUCGACCAAUCUUUCAUCGUCUCAGAGAAUUGAAAUUACCCAAAUUCUGAUUCUGAAAACACUGAUUUCGAGAAUUGAGAAUCCGUAAACCCUAGCUAUAUAUAUAAAUAGCUUCAGUUAAACUGUAGCUGAAGCUUAAGCUGAGAGAAUUUUCAUCAAUGGCGGACUCGGACAAUGACUCGGGAGGACACAACACCGGAGCGAACGCGAACAACGAGCUAUCUCCGAGAGAGCAGGACAGGCUUUUGCCGAUAGCGAACGUGAGCAGGAUCAUGAAGAAGGCUUUACCGGCGAACGCGAAGAUCUCCAAGGACGCCAAGGAGACAGUUCAGGAGUGCGUCUCUGAGUUCAUCAGCUUCAUCACCGGCGAAGCCUCCGAUAAGUGUCAAAGAGAGAAGAGGAAGACAAUCAACGGCGACGAUCUGCUCUGGGCCAUGACCACGCUGGGGUUCGAGGAGUACGUGGAGCCACUCAAGAUCUACUUACAGAGGUUUCGGGAGAUGGAGGGAGAGAAAGGUGGCUCCGCGGUGGCGGCGCGUGAUAAGGACGCUGUCUCGGGGAGCGUCGGAAACGGUGGCGGGUAUGGAGACGGUGGCGGCGGCGGCGGUGGCGGGGGUGGUGGUGGGAUGUACGGAAGUGGAAUGGUUAUGAUGGGCCAGCAACAUCAGGGACACGUGUACGGUUCUGGUGGGUUUCAUCAAAUGGCUAGCAAUAGUGGUGGUGGGCUUGGGCCUAAGUCUGGGCCUGGUCAUUUGAGCCCAAAUUCGAAUUAUGGUAGGCCGAGAUAGUGAUAAUAUAGACUCAUUCACUCACAUGGUCUCUACUUACUCCUAAAUAUAUAAUAAUCAAAGAUUAAAUAGAGAUUAGAGGGGAAAACAUUAAAAUGUUAAUUCUUGCUCAUUAUCACUACGACUCUUUUUCUAUUUAUUCAUCAAAAACCAUAUAUACAUAUAUAUAUAAUAUAUAUGUAUAUGUAUGUAUAUGUAUAUGUAUAUGCAUGUAUUGUAUCGUUUUUACUAUUAGAAGCCAAAUCUUGAGUAAGUUGGGAAUUGGGGUUAUAUAAUGUAUUUAGAUUUGCAUAUUGAGCUUGAUUUGAAGGUUUAGAUUUAGGUUUUAUUUGUUAAUUAUCUAAUUUUCGUAUGUAUUUGGGAUUAAUGAAGUGACAUAAAACUGUACUUACUAAUUCUCAUCUUGUACUCCAAUAACUUAUUAUUCUAUCUUUCAUUUCAAA